CUGAUGACGUUCAGCUCGAGUAACUUCGAGGAAGAAGCACGUUUUUUCAAUCGAUAGAUAACAACGUAAGAGCCGGCUCGAGGGAGAAACCCGUAGAAGAGGCCGAAGUGAUCCAUCUGAGGAGCAGAAGCCACUGUUGCGUAUACAAAAGAAACUAUGACAGGAGACGUAGAAAAAGGGAAGAAAGUGUUUGUCCAGAAGUGUGCGCAGUGUCACACUGUGGAAAAGGGUGGGAAACACAAAACAGGACCCAACCUUUGGGGCCUCUUUGGACGUAAAACGGGCCAGGCAGAGGGAUUUUCCUACACCGAUGCCAACAAAACCAAAGGCAUUAUUUGGGAAGAGGAUACUCUCAUGAUUUAUCUGGAGAACCCAAAGAAAUACAUCCCAGGAACAAAGAUGAUCUUUGCUGGCAUCAAAAAGAAGACUGAGCGUGCCGACCUUAUAGCAUAUCUCAAGUCUUCCACCUCAUAAACGAGCCUCUGCACAUCUUACCUUAGUUUACAGUUUUGACCAACUUCUCAGGAGACCAAGACUAAUACGUAAAUGUUUUUUCUGUUUAGAACAAACAGAAUCCAGUCCAGGUGAUCAAAGGUCUGGGCUGUGUCUGGGCUGUGUGUGAUUUAUAUAUCAAUUGACCUCCUUGCUGUUGAGUAAACAUCUGGUUUUAACAGGUGACUUCCUCUCUUAUUGAAUUGUGAUCCACUGUGGAGACAGAAAGUUAUUUUUGAUAUUUUCUAUGUGUAAUUAGUCUUUUCUUCUUUGACGGUACCUCAGCUGUUCUAUCAAUAUUUUCAGCUUUUGUAAGUUGAAUAAAACUGACACUAAGCGA